GCACUAACUGGCUCAAGCAAUAUUGUGGCAUCGUUAUCCUACCAGUUCUACCGACACCCCUUAGCAGCCCAAGCGCACGAAGAACCCGCUACGAUCUCCGCGUCACGACUACCCCCAAACGCCUCCUUAUCGAUGCUCAUGGAAGCUAUGGAGAAGUCAAGUCGUUCGGUGCAUGCACAGAUUGGACCUCAUCUGCUCAGCCUUGGUAGCACUGGGUUUACGUUCAAGCUGAACAAAUAUAUCGUUGUCAAGAAGGUCCGCCCUGGCCGAGAUUGCAACCUGGCCAAUGAACGAACUAUUUUCGACAUACUUGAGCGCCAUCCUCCGUCGCCGUAUAUUGUCCGAAGUUUCUACCGAACCGAGGAAGCGAUCUUCCUGGAAUAUGCCACGAAUGGAGAUCUUGCAUCCCUUCUCAGGGAAGAACAGCAGAGAGACGAGUCAUCUCAGCGAGUGACCGGGGUUAUGAGAAGACAACCCCUAGAGCGUUGUUUCCGUUGGAUGAAGCAGCUUGGCGCUGCUGCCGCUUGGCUUGAAGAGCUUGGUCUGGCCCACUGCGACAUUCGUCCUGGGAAUAUGCUUUUGUAUCCCGCUGGACACGUGAAGCUAGCAGACUUUGACCGUACACUCAAGAUGGGAGAGGAUAUGUUGUCUGGAACGGAGCCAUUCGCCAGACUUCUUGGCGACGAGGGUGGCCCAGAUCGCGGGACGUAUGGAAAGGCUGGCUGCCGAACUGAACAGUUUGCCAUUGGGUCGGUCUUCUAUUCAUUGACUCGCGGCUACGACCCGUUUGAGGACCAAUGGUGGGGUCCGGAUCACGGCCCAAUUCGUAUGCAGAAGCUACAGAAGAUGGAACUUCCCCGAAUAGGCCACUUGGAAUGUGAUGACGUUAUAUGGAGUUGCUGGCAUGGCCGAUAUAAGUCCAUCACAAAACUUGCUGCUGACAUUGCCGCUAUGGAUGGAGAUGCCUGGAGAGUCACUUGCGAGGAGGAUCCUCUUUGGGUCAAAGCAAGAAUACAUGAGUCCGAGACGAUUGCCCAAAGCGGGAUUCUGGAGCAAUUGAUAACCUGCUAG